GCGCCCAGCCCCAAGCCCAUCAGGAAAGUGGUGGUGUGCUUUGCCAAGCGCUGCGUAUCGCUCAGCAAAAGCAUACGUCAUCUGUCAAACAGGCCUCGCGCGCAACGCUCUUCCAGAACAGUUCCUUUUUGCGACUAAUCACAGCCAAGUGUGCCAAUCACCACUAAGCGCGGCGCGAUCGUCACUUUACUGGGACCACUGGUGCACUCAUUGACAUUUCGUGUCAUGGGCUGAACUCUUUCCUUUCUUCCCUUCGACAGCACCUGCUGCUCGAAUUCUUUCGCGCUUCACACACCUCAACAACCUCAGCACCAUGCCUGGAAGUCGACCAAGAUGGAUGCUGCACGUGCAGGCCGUGUUUUGGAGGUUUCUCAUGGGGAUUGGCAUGUCUCUCCACAAAAUGGCACGACCUCGGCCUUCUCGACCUGCGUUUCAUAGGGACAUUGAUGCCACUGUCUCACCCAUCAAAGGCAAAUUUCGAAUCCAUUUUUACGUACCAAAGGACUACAAGCGCUACAAGAAGCUCAAGGGAAACAAGAAGUACCCUUGUGUUAUCAACUUCCACGGCGGAGGCUUCGUCCUAGGAACAGCGCACGACGAUGCGCGCUGGUCGAAUAUCGUCGUCAAAGAAGUUGGCGCGGUCGUUGUCUCUGUCGCAUACCGCCUUGCACCCGAGUACCCAUUCCCCACCGCCGUAGAAGACGGCGCAGACGCAAUACUAUGGCUUGCGCAACACGCAGAAGAGCUCAUGCUAGACCCGGAACGAUUCGCAGUGUCAGGGUUCUCUUCUGGCGGCAACAUGAGCUUUACGGUGCCCUUGUGUCUGCAGGGCGAACUCUUCGACCGAACACCAUCUGGUGCACGAAUCAUCGACGGACGCGCGGGUAGUGUACCCAACGCUGUCAUCCAGCCUCCACCGGCUGCGAACUCGACCGCUACACCGGCUGGUUCUAGCUCCCGCAUACCGCUUAUGCACCAGCAGUCGCGCCUUGACCGAAUCGCUAUGCUGCGCCAGACAGGUGCAUCGUCGCUGUCUCUCGUUUCAUCAUACAAGGAGGGGCCAGCGGUGUCAGUCAUGACGCAGGGAAACAAUAGUGUCGUGAAGAUCAGAGGGAUAGUAUCUUUCUACCCACCCACAGACUACACAGUUACCCGCGCCCAACGAAGAGCGACUUGCGCACGCGCAGACCAGAACCUCCCCGCCGUCUUCACAGAACUCUUCGACGACUCGUACCUCCAACCGCCCUCCCUCGAUCUCGCACACCCUUGGCUCAGCCCUGGCCAGGCACCGACACGCAUGCUCGAAGCUCUGCCCGACGACAUCGUGAUGUUCUGCUGCGAGUGGGACAUGCUGCUCGCCGAAGGCGAGCGGUUCAGGGAUAAGCUGCAAAAGGACUUGGGCAAGCGCGUGCACUACCACUGCGUGCCUGGUGUGCCUCAUGGCUGGGACAAGGCGCCGAAUCCGCUCAGGGAGUCGCCUGGCGCGAGGCAGCAGUAUUUGGUUGCGUGUAAGGAGCUGAGGAGGAUGUUUGAUAUCGAUGAGGAUGAGGAGGAGCAUGAGCACGGGGAUUUGCCGUGUAGGAAGUAUCAUAAAAGUGUGGAUAUGGGGAAACUGCAGGUGCCGCCGAGGUAGCCAGCAUUUCAGAUUCACUUCGCACUACCCACAUGUCACCCAGCUCCACACACUCGCCGCCUCCAUAACGUCAAAUUGCCCGUUCGCAGUAGCUCAGAUGGA